GAGAUAUUUUAAAGUCUACACACAGGCUAAUUGUGAAAUGGAAUGUAUGGCGAAUGAAACUUUAAUGAAUUGUGGAUGUGUCAAGUUUUCAAUGCCAAGAAAUUCAUCUCAUCCAGUUUGUGGUGUUAAAAAUUAUUUAAACUGCUUAAAUCCCAUCGAACGCAGUCGUAAGUCCCUGCAAAUUGUAAUGAAAAUGAAUCCAUUGGCUGCUAUCAGUAAACGGAAAUCUUGUUUUAAUAGCUGUUUGCCAGAAUGUAUUAGCAUUAAAUAUAAAGCAGAGCUUGAACAUCAAGUUCCUUAUGAGCAUGGUUUGAGUGAUAAACGAUCUACUAAAAUAACAUUUAAAUUUGAUGAAGAUGUCUUUAAUGCUUUAAAACUCUCUGAAUUAUACACUUGGACAGAUUUCAUUGCAAAUUGUGGAGGAAUAUUGGGAUUUUUUAUUGGUAUUUCGAUCUUGAGUUUGAUGGAAAUUGUAUACUUUUUUACUUUAAGGUUAUGGACGAAUUUGAAGGCUAGGCGAAGAAUACAACAGGAAUGAAUGGACUUUAAAAAGCUGAAAUUGGUGGAAAUAUUGUAUGAAACCGUUAACCAUACUACUUUAAU